GGAUCGCGAGCCACUGCGCUGUGAACGGUGUGCGGGACUGACUGCGGACGCACCGGAUCCACGGUUGAGCGCCGAACAACUCCAAACAAGAUCCAAGGCUAAAAGACGAGUCAUUAACUCGCAGAGGAAGCACCGAACUGCUGGAGUUCCCCCAUCUGUUUAUAUCCUUGAGACGAAACUGAGGUGCACCUUUUCGGCACGCCAGCCAGGAGCGGACAGUAGCUGAUAUCCCGUCUAUCAGCAUGCACUGAAACGCCAGAGCUUACAAUAGCAGCAAAACUCGGGAGUUUACUUUUCAUGGUUCUCCUUGAAAGAAAAUCCAAAUGGAAGUGGACAGACAUUUUUGGCAGUCCUGUGACUGACAGUUAAGCUUUGUUCGUGGAGACUUUGAACAUGGAUAUAGGUCGAUAAAUUUCGGACAAAAACUGUUGCAUAUCUAAAGCGCAUCUCUAUGAUCUGGGAUCAAAAGCGAAAGGAGUCUAAUUUUAAAUCUGACACAUGAUCUGGACCGGAUUUGUCCACCAACCCGAACCCCAACACGGGAUUGAUGGUCCUUAUACCUGUGUGCAUGUUACUCACCCCCUAUCUGGCGUGAUUUGACCUUUUGUGAGGCUACUAGCUCAACUAAUAGAUGAGUACAAUAAAACAGUUACGCGCUGCCGUCUACCUAAGUGCGAGGUAGCAGCGAUUUUGGUAACAGAGAAACGUUGGCCCAGAAGCCGCCUGUGCAACGUUGUGCUACACCUUUUUUUUCUCCUACAGGCAACGCUAGAAAAAUUGGAUUUGGAAGUUGAGCCAUGGAGCCCCUCCGCUUGGACGCCUAACCUACUCUGUUGCAUGUGGUUCGGCAACCCGGAGUACAGUCGAUCGAAAGGAUCUUAUCUUCUUGCUGGCUUGUGUCUUUCCGAGAACCGCGUAAAAUGGCUGGAAGUGACGGCUCGUGGAAAUAUUACCUCUGGAUUCUGACAGCCAUGUGCAGAUACGCGUUACCCGCAGCCAAAUCACUGGAGUCUGUCGUGUGGAAUUCGCAAAAUCCCAAGUUUGUGUCUGGGAAAGGCUUGGUGAUCUACCCAGAAAUCGGUGACAAACUGGACAUUAUCUGCCCCAAAGGGGACAUGGGGAGACCGUAUGAGUUUUAUAAACUCUACCUGGUGAAGAAAGAGCAGGCCGAGUCUUGCAGCACCAUACUGGACCCCAAUGUGCUGGUGACCUGCAACAAACCAGAGAAAGACAUCAAAUUCACCAUCAAGUUCCAGGAGUUCAGUCCAAACUACAUGGGACUUGAAUUCAAACGCUUGACAAACUAUUACAUCACCUCAACUUCUAAUGGAACACAGGAGGGGUUGGAAAACAGAGAAGGUGGGGUUUGUAGCACGAGAUCCAUGAAGAUCAUCAUGAAAGUGGGCCAAGAUCCAAAUGCACCAGAUCCAGAUUUACCGGACCUCCCAGACCAGGACCGGGACAAUGAGAUCAAGGACCCAACAACCAGCCCUUCCCGCAAGGCAGAUCGAGAUCGAGAUCGAGACCGAGGCAGAGACGCGGAUGGGAAAGGAUCCGUAAUGCCCGGCAAAGACACAAGAAACCAGGAUAACAGUCCCGGCUCGGUGGAGGGGAUUUUCGGCUCCAAACCGGCUCUCUUCGCCGCCAUCGGAGCCGGCUGUGUCAUCUUCCUCCUCAUCAUCAUCAUCCUCAUCGUCUUGCUCCUCAAGCUUCGCAAGAGAACCCGCAAGCACUCGCAGCCCAGAGGCGGGACUGCCCUGUCACUCAGCACUCUGGCCACGCCCAAAGGAGCCGCCCAGGCCGGCUCAGAACCGAGUGACAUCAUCAUCCCCCUGCGGACAACAGAGAAUAACUACUGUCCACACUAUGAAAAAGUGAGCGGAGACUAUGGGCACCCCGUCUACAUAGUGCAGGAAAUGCCGCCUCAGAGCCCCGCCAAUAUCUACUACAAAGUCUGAGAGAGCGAGAGCGAAGCAAGCGCAAUAAGAACUCGUUUUUGUAAGGUAUCCUGAAUCUUUUUUUCAUUACCUAACCCCGUCUGCUCCGUGUGCGAGAGGAUGGAGAGGAAGAAGAGGAAUGAAAAAGACUACGCGGAUGAUAUUCCUCUCAGAUUUCCUUCCCUCCGUCCCUUUUCCGAACACUACACUGUGUGUACGUGUGUGUGCCGGUCGCUCUCGACGUGUGUGAAACGGCAGAAAACCUCCCCAAAUUGCGUGGCACUCAGGCACGGACUUCACUGCUGAAGAACAGCCGACAACCAAUCACAGAGGGACGCUAGAGUGACAUCACAAAGCAGGAAGCUCUCAUUUGUGUGUUUUUUUUGUACCGUUACGACUCUUCGCUUAGUUUUUUGUCUCCUUUUCAUCUCUCAAUCCAUCACGGUGUUUUGUUUUUAUCAGUAUCAACCCGAUUCUUGCAGCUUUCACAGUGUGUCGCUCAAAGAAAAUGUCUUAAACACUGUUACGAAUGCCGCUCUCUUCCUCACACACUCAAUAUGUCCUCUCAUUUCCUCGCGUCUCUCCAGACACUCAUUCUUUUUUCAUGCUGUAGAGGCAAUUGAACAAAAAAAACACACUCGCACUCAAACACACUUUGGUGUUCACGGGUCAGUAACAAACAGCUUCUCGGUGGAAAAGCGAGUGAGUGAAAUAGGGAAUUUAAUAUGUAAACACCAGUGUCAGACCUUCCACAAAUCCCAGUCUGCUUUUUGUUCAUUUGAGAAUCGUUUCAGUUGAAAUUGUCUCUCCUCUCAGCCGAACACAAGUAGUUAUUUGCUAUCUGUUGUCAGUGAUGCGUGAAGUGCUGAAUAAUAUUUGUAUCUUCUAUUUUUUUUCUUAUUCUAUCUCCCAAAGGUUUGUAGGUCAAAAACAUCUUUAGGGAUUUGCCUCUACACCAUGAGCCUAUGGCCUCUUUUCAGUCACAAAAACAUGCUAACUCGUAUCUUUGCAUAAUUUAGUCCACUAACAUGUCUUUCUUUUGUCUGUUUGGAUGUAGACAUGGACUCUAGCAGUCCCAUGCAGAAGCCAAAAAUCCAUCAACAUACAGAACACGUGAAAUUAUGCCUUCACCUCUCCCUCCUCUCAGAUAUGCACAUAAAUUAUCCCUGUUUGCGUACAAAAAGAAAUCAUCCACGAAUCAGAGAAUCAAAACAAGCUCACCAUAUCAUCUUGGAAAAUCUAGUGCUAGAUCUAUUUUUAUAUGGCCCGCACGUGAAAUGAUAAACAGCAAACAGUGGCGGCAGGUGUGUUUACGCCUAUGCUAAUUUAAAAUUAGCAGCAUUUGCAUCUGGCCUCCGGCGCAGCCAAUCAGAGGAAGCCCAAUAUUUCUCUGUAGCUUUCUCGUAAAAUAGAUUUUUAAAAUAAGAUUUCGAUUAGGGUUGGGUUUUUUUGUUGUCGUUCUUCUUAAUUUAGUUUCUAAGGCCCGAGAUUAUGUAAAUAAUGUAUGUUGGGAAAAAAUGUUGAAUAUAAAGUUCCAUUUUAUUAGAGACCCUGUUAAUGAAAAUAUAAUUAGGAUUUUUGAAAAUGCAAAAGCUUUUGUAAAUAGUCUUUUUUGGAAAAAGACAUUUUGUAAGUAAAAUGUUUCCUGUCUCAUGGUUUUCUCUUUUUAUUUUAUUUGACUUUUCAGUUUCAGUUGGGGUUUUUUUGAUCAAGGAGACUUAGAAGUCCCUCAACAACGGGUUUUAAAAGGUCAGCCUAAAGCAGCAAAAAGACAUACAAGUCCCUUCACAUAAACACACGCUGAAACACGCUUCAUCCUCCCUGUUUCACAAGGGGAUGGUGGUAUUUUUCGUUUUGUUUUGUUUUAUUUUUACAAAUGCUGUGAUGGAACCGGGUCAAAUAUUCCAUGACAUGGUUCAUGGAGGAGGAAAAGAGGAGACAGAGAGUUAUUACUCAAGAAAUGCCUACAUACACACACACACACACACACACUUACUCUUACUGACUGACCCACCAGUCAUUCUUAUAGCACACAAUAUACAUGCAUAUAUAUAUAAACACCUUCAGAUACAGGGCAAGCACCAGCAAACUACUCAAACAAAACUAAACCAGCAACAGCUUGUGCAACUAAACUGAAUAUUUAUGUGUUUGUCUGAGCUGUUCACGGCAGGUCUUUAAGAUUGACAUUAGAAGAGCACUUUUUGAAAUUCAUGACUUUGUUUUUACACAGAAAUGCACAUGGGUGCACUGACCGCACCAGUCAGCUUAUUCAAGUGGAUCAGUCGCGGCAUCACACUGCAAUAAAAUCAUUUACUUGCAUAGUAAUUUUGUCUUGUUUUCCCAGUACAGAUAUCUAAGCUUUCAGAGAAAUCUAACAGAUUUUGGUGAGGUUUGCGAUUUAAAAAAUGUAGAUAUUUUACUGGAUUUUUUUUUUCGCAGUGCAUUAAUAAACGUCGACCCUAAUUUUGCCAUAAACAGUGGUUUUCUCUGUACACAAUUUAACAGCAAAAGCUGUGAAUAGAUUGUGUAGUUUUAUGGAUCUGCACUGCUGUAGUGGGAUCUUAUUCAGUCUUUUGCUCUAGGCCUUUUACAGCUUAGCUUACAGAUUUGGUUCGCGGCACUCUUAACAGCUGUAAGGCAUACGCUUCCUUUGACGUUUGUCUGUACCAUAACAAUAAGGUGAAAAAAAAAAAAAAAAGUCAGUCAUGUUGUUUAUCAGAUCAGACUUGAGGCUUUGAUUCUUCUUUAAUGCUGCGGUCAGACACCUGUGAUGUUGUGUGGAUCUUACUGACAUCUGUUAAUAACAUUUCUCCCAGUGAGGUUGACUUAUUUGCGGAGAACUUAUUUAAAACUCACGCAAA